AUGAGCCGCAGGGCAAACAAUCUCUCUUAUGAGAAGCCGGAGCCGUCGUUCCUCCGUAAACUGAGGAAUCAAUAUGGAGAUGGCGGCGAACAUCACCGGAGCCGCCCAAGUCCACGUCCUACCAAGUCUAAAUAUGCUGAAGACGAAGAUGACGGGCCUACUUAUGUUGAUGAAGAUAGCAACGAAGUCAUCUCGAAGGAGAAAUAUUUAGAGAUGGUAGCGGGCCCAAAGGGUGAUACUGAGGAAAACGAAGCCGGAGAGAAUGGGCAACCUACGAAAGCUACCGCAGGUGAAGGAGCUGAACCGGAAGCAGAAACUCGAGCUUCCAAGUCCAAGCAGAAUGUGGCAGAGAUAGGAGCGUCGAAAAAGAGGAAGCAGGGAAAGGUUGUAGGAGGCGGCGAUGUUCCCGAGGAUCAAGAGAGAUCCCAGGCUCAGACUGAAGCGCCGAAGAGGAAGAAGAACACAAAGAAGAAGAUCAAGCUCUCGUUUGAUGACGAGGAAUGA